CAGAUACAGCAGCAACAGCAGUUGCAGGAGCAGCAGCAGAUACAGCAGCAGCAGCAGUUACAGGAGCAGCAGUUACAGGAGCAGCAGCAGCAGUUGCAGGAGGAGCAACAGCAGCAGCAGUUACAGGAGCAACAGCAGCAACAGCAGCUUCAGCAACAGCUGCAAGUCAUACAGCAGCAGCAGCAGUUACAGCAGCAACAGCAGCAGCAGCAGGUGAAGCAAAUACAGCAGCAGGCACCGCUGCAACAGCAGGAUGUUAAGCAGCAGCAGGUGAAGGAAAUCCAGCAGCAGGCACAGCAGCAGGCACAGCUGCAGCAGCAGCAGCACGUUAAACAGCAGCAGGUGAAGCAAAUACAGCAGCAGGCACCGCUGCAACAGCAGCCAAAGCAACAACAGCAGCAGCUGCAAGUGGGACAGCAGCUCCAGCAGCAGCAGCAGCAGCAGGUGAAGCAAAUACAACAGCCACAGCAACUGCUGCAGCCGCACGCUAGGCAGCAGCAGCAGCAGCAGCAACAGCAGCUACAACAGCUGGUGAAACAGCAGCAAGCCAUCAUGAGCAAGGAACUACCACAAGCAGGGGCCCAGCAGCAACAGCAGCCGCAGCAGGCACAGCAGCCUCCUCCUCCUCCUUCUCAGCAGCAGCAGCAGCAGGUGGUCGCGCAGCCGGCGCAGCUGUUGCAACAGCAACAGCAGCAGCUGCAACAGCAGCUGUUGUUGCAGCAGCAGAUACAGCAGCAGCAGCAGACAGCCCGCAAGUCUCCAUUACAGCCGCAGCAGCAGCCGCAGCAGCAGCAGCAGCAGCCCCAACUGCUACAGCAACGGCCACAGCAACCUACCAGCUUCACGGUGCAGCAGUAUGUUGUGGGGCCGCAGCAGGGUCUGCAGCAGCAGCAGCAGCUUGCCAAGCCUGCCCAUCAGAAACUGAUGCAGCAGCAGCAGCAGCAACAGUUGCUGUCGCCGCAUGCUGUGUUGAAGCAGGGCCUGCAGCAGCAGCAGCAGCAGGUGGUCGUGACACAGCAGCAGCAGCAGCAGAAGGUUGUACUCCAACAUGUGACACAGCAGCAGCGGCUGCAGCAGCAGCAGCAGCAGCAACAGCAGCAGCAGGCGACUCUGCAGCAGCAGCAGCAGCUCAUGCAACAGCAGGUGCUGCUGCAGCAGCAGCACCUGCUGUUGCAGCAGCAGCAGCAACAGCAGCAGCAAGUUCUUAUACAGCAGCAGCAGCCGCAGCAGCAGCAGCAGCAAAUUCUUAUACAGCAGCCGCAGCAGCAGCAGCAAAUUCUUAUACAGCAGCCGCAGCAGCAGCAGCAAGUUCUUAUGCAACAGCAACAGCAGCCGCAGCAGCAGCAACAGCAGCAGCAAGUUCUUAUACAGCAGCAGCAACAGCAGCCGCAGCAGCAGCAAGUCUCCGCGCCCUUCACCGUUCAACAGAGGUUAAAACAGCUGCCCUGCACUUCGUUCAUACAGCUCUCCGCCGCUCCCGUGAGCCUUCAGAGGGUCCUGUCAUCCGCCACGGCCGCCACGGCCGCCACGGCCGCCACCACCACCACCACGUCGGCAGCUUCGCGAUCGGCGGCGGCCACCGCAACCCUCGGCACCACGAGCCCAGCCCCUUCCGUUGACGUCGCCGCUGUCGCCGCUGUCGCCGCUGUCGCCGCUGUCGCCACCGCCACACCGCCAGUCCUUUCCAACGCAAACGCCGGCGGCGCUGCUUCCACGGCCGGCGUUGGCCCCAGCGCUUCGCAGCAGCAGCAGCUACAGCAGCUACAGCAGCAGCAGCAGCUGCAGCAGCAGCAGCAGCUGCAGCAGCAGCAGCAGCUACAGCAGCAACAGCAGCAGCAGCAGCUUGUAUUGCCAAGCAACGUCACGCUGCAGCAAGAAGCGGCGGCUCCGAUUCUCGGAAGCGCCGCGGGAAGCAUCGGAAGCAUCGGAAGCAUCGGAAGCAUCGGAAGCACCGCGGCGGGGAUCGUGGGAAGCGCCGCGGGAAGCAUCGGAAGCGCCGUGGGGGGGAUCGUGGGAAGCGCCGCGGCGGGGAUCGUGGGAAGCGCCGCGGGAAGCAUCGGAAGCAUCGGAAGCGCCGCGGCGGGGAUCGUGGGAAGCGCCGCGGGAAGCAUCGGAAGCGCCGCGGGAAGCGCCGCGGGGAGCGCCUCACCUGGGGCGCCGGUGGCCGGCGGGAGCGAAAGCGCCGCCGCGGGAGUGUGCCCGGGAUCGCUGCGGGAGCGGCGCCUGGCCGCGCUUCCCGGAAGCACGGUGCACCACUUGGGGCCCACCGGCAGCAGCGGCGGUGCCGGCAGUGCCGGCGGUGCCGUCAGCAUCGCCGGCGUCUCCCCGCAGCUCAGCAGCCUCAUACGGGGGCAGCUGCUGCCACAGCACGUCAGCGGUGCCGGGGGCACUGCCCUGCUGCAGCUGCAGCAGCAGCAGCAGCAGCAGCAGCAGGCGGUCUCGCAGGCCCUGGGCCUCUCCCCCGCCGCUCCACCGGCGCUGCCCGCGGGGGCUGCCCAGGCCGCCGCCCAGGCCGCCCAGGCCGCCGCCCAGGCCGUCGGCACCGGCAGCCUGGAAGGCCUCCGUGGACGUCACCGUCGCCUGCUGCUGGAGGCCCUCUUCCUCAAGGGGGGCGGCAACAUGGUGGACUUCCCGGCCUUCUGCCGGAGGCCCGGACACACGGCCGUCACCACGCUGCAGCAGAGCGAGCUGGAGGGCUGUGUCUCCAGUUCUGGGCCCAGAAAUGGAUCCGUUCAGACAACAGCAGCAAGCUUCUGGUAG